CGGGCGGGCGGCGAGCAGCGCGCCGCCGGCUCGGCGGGCCCGGGCAGCGGGCGCUCCGCCCUCGGUGCGCGGGGCCUCCCCUCUCCGCGCCCGCGGAGCGCGGCGCCCGCCUAUAUCUACGGCCGCGGCGGCCCGGCGCCCGCAAGGAUGUGAGGCGGGCGGGCAGCCCAGCCGCCGCCGCCGUGGCAUGCCCCCCCGCGCCCGGAGCCGUCGGCGCGGCGCCUAGCCGCGGCUCCGCGGGGCCAUGCUGCCCUGGAAGCGGAGCAAGGUGGAGCUGGCGGCGGGCGAGGCGCGGCGGCAGAGCAAGCCCAAGGGGUACGCGGUGAGCGUGCAUUACUCGGCCCUCACCUCGCUGGCCCGCGCCUGCCCCGAGAGCGCCCUGCACCGCGUGGGCAGCAUGUUCCGCUCCAAGCGGCGGAAAUUUCGCGUUACCAGCGAAGAUCCCACGUAUACUGUGCUCUACCUGGGCAACGCCACCACCAUCCAGUCCAAGGGUGAGGGCUGCACCGACCUGGCCGUCUGCAAGAUUUGGAGCAAGAGCGAGGCGGGCCGGCAGGGCACCAAGAUGAAGCUGACCAUCAGCGCGCAGGGCAUCCGCAUGGCCCACGCCGAGGACAAGGGGCUGCGCCGGCCCGGCCACCUCUACCUGCUGCACCGGGUCACCUACUGCGUGGCGGACCCGCGCCUGCCCCGUGUCUUCGCCUGGAUCUACCGCCACGAGCUGAAGCACAAGGCGGUGAUGCUGCGCUGCCACGCCGUGCUGGUCUCCAAGCCCGAGAAGGCGAAGGCCAUGGCCCUGCUGCUCUACCAGACUUCGGCCACGGCACUGGCCGAAUUCCGCCGGCUGAAGAAGCGGGACGACGCGCGGCACCAGCAGCAGCAGCUGGUGGGCGAGCAGAGCAUCCCGCUGGUGCCGCUGCGCAAGCUGCUCAACGGGCAGUGCUGCUACAAGCCGCCGGUAGAGCGGAGCCGCAGCGCGCCCAAGCUGGGCUCCAUCACGGAGGACCUACUGGGCGAGGAGCAGGAAGAGCGGGCCAUGCACUGCGACUGCGAAGACAUCCUGGAAGCGCUGGGCGAGCCCGAGGGCGAGCUGCUGCGCCCCAGCACCGGCCGCGGCGAGAGCCCAGAGCUGGGCCAGCUCCUCCGCGACCUGGGCGAGCUCAGCCUGGGCAACGAUCUGCGCUCGCUGCGCGCCGACCUGCGCGUCCGCCGCCUGCUUUCUGGGGAAAGCACGGGCAGCGAGUCCUCCCUGGAGAGCGGCGGCACGGACGGGGCCGCCCCGCCCGGCAGCGACGCCGAGCAGCCGCCCCCCGGCGACCCCGAGACCGGCUGA